AGGGACACGAUUCAAUGUAUUGGCAUUAAAUAUCUACCUGGCCUCGAAUUCUUCCCAGUUGUCUGGUUCUUGGAGUCAUGGUUCCUAUGCCACCCAUCUUGUAGACUCGAAACCGCCACCUUUGCGCUCAGUUUAGCCCGGUUUUGGCCAUGCUUCCUGCAUUAGUCGCCGUGUCCGGCCUGGCCUUUCUUUACCUCUAUCAUGUCAAUCGAGGCAUGACCGGGGUUCCAGAGGAAGUCCGCCGUCUGUCUCCUCACCGCUGGACAGUCGAAGAGAUCAAGAACGCCUACGAGGAUGCGAUUCGUAACCCUGUGGACGUCGAAAGCAGUCUGCCUCCUAAACAGAAUCGUCGCUACAUUGUGAUUGGUGGAUCGGGACUUGUCGGAAACUGGAUUGUCACACAUUUACUUGCUCGCGGAGAGAACCCGGCAGCUAUUCGAGUUCUAGACCUUCAACCACCUCGUCAUGAGAUUCUCGACCAGGGAGUCACGUUCUUCAAGACCAACAUUGUCGACGAGGAGGCCGUCUCGAGCGCCUUUGCGCACCCAUGGUCUGGAGCCGUGGCAGCCCUGCCGUUGACCGUGUACCACAACGCGGCAGUCAUCCGGCCCGCCGAGCGUCACAAAGCUUUCCUAUCACGGUGCCGCAACGUGAACGUGGCCGGCACCGUCAACCUGCUGAAUGCUGCCAAGAAGCACGGCGCAAGCUGUUUCAUCUCCACCUCAUCCGGCUCCGUGGCUCUGCGCAGUGGCUCCUUCUGGCUCCCUCCCUGGCGGAAGACCCCCAAACACAUGAUCCAGGUGAUCAGCGACGCGACCCCUCUGCCCCAGGAACACUACGACUUCUUCGGCAACUACGCCGUCUCCAAGGCGGAAGCCGAGUCCCUCGUUCGCGCCGCGGACGAUCUCGAAUCCAACUUCCGCACCGGCUGCAUCCGACCCGCGAACGGCAUUUACGGAAUCGGGGAAGAAAACAGCGCAGGGGUGACAACGAUGUAUCUGAAGACCGGCGGAAACACCAGCUGGAUCUACCCGGUCGUCCAAAACUUCGUCAACGCGGAGAACGUCUCGAUCGCGCACCUACUCUACGAACAACGCCUCCUCGAACACACGGCCACCCCCGCAGAGCUCCCCAACAUCGGCGGGCAGGCCUUCCUCGUCACCGACCCCAACCCGGCCAUCGCCUUCAGCGACCUCUACCUCCUGCUCAAGACCCUGGCCAAGACCCCCGUCGAGUUCCCCCGGGUGCCGGCAAUCCCCUUCUUCCUACUCUCCUACCUCGUCGAGUGGUACUCCCUCCUACAGCAUCUAUACCUACCGCGGCUACUCCCGCCGGUGCCGAGCGAUCUAGCGCAGCUGCAGCCGGGUCUGUUCGCGAUCUCGAACGUGCACGUUAUUGCGGACGAUUCGCGGGCGCGGAGAAGCCCCGCGCAGGGCGGGCUGGGGUACGCGCCGCCGAUCGGGACCCUGUACGGGAUGUGCAAGCAGCUCGAGGAUUGGAACCGGCGGGCGGAUGUCAAGGCCGCGGAGGCGGCGGCGAAGAAGGGGAUGGUGAGUGUUUCAGAGGGUGGAGGGGUGGAUGUCAAUCUGGUUGUGCCUCCGACGAAAUUAUAGGUUGUUGAUUGGGGCGGCAACUGUACAGUACACACACAUAUAUACAUACUUCACUUCAGAAUCUGUACAUAAACAUGGGACUUACCACAGCUGAAUAGGGCGAGCGACCCACCCUCGCACACAGAACAUCAAGAUGACCAACCCAGCAAAGAAUUCAAUCAUAAAUACGAAGUGAACAUAUGCCCAAGACCCUACAAACAAGACUACCCUCAUAAAUCAUAACCCCCCAAAUCAUUCCCAGCCAUCCAACCCCAACACUUACAGCCUUGACAACCCCUUCGUCUCCCCUGG